AUGGCCGACGUGUAUGACUCCGAUGACGCCUGCAAUCGCUCCCCGGCCCUGCAGCCGGCGGUGAUCAAGUACGGGCCCGACGAACCCUCGCCUCCCUUCCCUCACAAGCGGCCUGCUUCGCGAGACCGAGACUCGCCAGGCUCGGACGGUGGCCGUUCGCGUAAGCAUCACCGGACGCACAAAGCACUCCGAUCUACCCAAGGCGAUGCCGUCCUGAUCGGCAUUCUAGGCCCAAACCGCCCCGACAUUGCCCAGCAAGCCGGCGCGAGGCCGCUGCGAAGCGAGUCCGACUCGGAUGACGACUAUCGCGAGCGCGCCGUCAAGCUCUCUCCCCGGCCCAGCAUCGUCCCUUCCAGCGACGUCGCCAAGCAGGUUGCCAGCGAUGCCUUGGGCCUGGUACACAACGAGCACGUCCGCAACAACCAUAACAACCACCACCACAACAACAACAACAAUAACAUCCUGCCUCCUAUCUCAGAACUCGUCUUCCCGCCGCUGCCCUACCAUCGUCGCGGCUCUGAACAGGUCAUCCACGAUGGCCUGGCUACUUCGGUCGUAGCUAGAUAUACCAUCUCCCCAUCAAACAUGCCCGCUCAAGAACUGCUGCCUGCACUUCACUCUCCCCCGCACUCUACUGCUGGAUCUCCGGAGAACACCCAGAGUCUGCCGCCGGUUCAGUCUCUUCUAAGAGACAUCAGUUCAGUUUCCGUCUCCUCGCCCCAUUAUGGUGCUGCUUCGGCUCCUUCUCCUGCUGGUGUCCACUCACGGCGGGUCUCGACCUCGCUGCCUCCACCACCGCUUCCUCCCCAAUCCCAAAUGCCUACACCGUACUCGCCCGCCGCACCGUCACCAUAUCCAUGGCGGCCGUCAGGCUUUAAAUCCGAGGGGUCCACUGUGUCUACCGUGUAUGAGACGCCAUCACAAGGGCCGCUCACAGGGAAAAGUCCUGCCAACAGCUAUCCGACUCCUACUGAGCCUCGGCCGCCGGGAGAAGAGAAUGCCGAGGCUGGCAGUCUGUAUAAAUGCCAGUUUCCCGACUGCAACGCUGCGCCAUUCCAAACACAGUAUCUUUUAAACUCACAUGCCAAUGUUCACUCACAAGAGCGACCGCAUUAUUGUCCCGUCCAGGAUUGCCCGCGUGGCGUAGGCGGCAAAGGUUUCAAGAGGAAAAACGAGAUGAUCCGGCACGGGCUGGUGCACGAUUCGCCAGGAUACGUGUGUCCGUUUUGUACGGAUCAGCAGCACAAAUACCCUCGGCCGGACAAUCUGCAAAGACAUGUCAAAGCGCACCACAUCGACCGAAGCAAGGACGACCCAGAGCUGCGCGAUGUGCUUUCACAAAGGCCCAAAGGCAGCGGGCGCGGCCGUCGACGACGGGGGCACACAUGA